AUGUCAUGCUGCAAGGACUGCUCCGAUAGACGGUACGCGCUCGCCGAAGUCAGCGCGAACGUUACAACGCUCAUCUCUACAGUAGAUCCUCGCCUUUCGAAUCUCCUCGGCGCCAGAGACAUUCAGCUAUGCUCGUCAUUCGUCAACUUCAGGGAGUGUCAGGACCUUCUCGAGCAGAUGAUCUGCGCCACGGGCUGCAAUCCAGAUUCGGGGAAAUACUUGGAGCUUCCGCGCGGGAUAGUCGGCGAAAUGCGCGUCUGCGCUCCUUUCGCCGACAAGGUGUACGAAAAGUGCAAGGACCUGCCGCUACCCGGGUUUCAAGGCGCCAUUUCUCAGUACUUUAACUCGGGGGAGAAGCUUAUGACGACCCUGUUCGGGAGGGUCGGCCAGGCCUUCGAUGCUAUCAACUACACAGUGGUGGUCACGCCGGUUCUUGAAGGCACCGACAAGUGUUACAACGGCCCGCUGAAGCUCCCCGACACCAACGUGUGCUGCGACUCGCUCCCCGCCACGAAAGAGUGCCCCAUCUCACAGCUCAACGUCACCAUGCACCCCGAAUAUAAGCCUUUUAUUGGCCGAACCAUUGCAGACCCCACCUGCCCAAAGGCACCAAGUGGGGCCGGUGGCUCCUCUAGUGGCUCUGCUAAUGGCUCUGCUGGUGGCUCUUCUAGUGGCUCUUCUAGUGGCUCUGCUGCUAAUUCCUCUGCGACAAGCUCUACGUCGUCGGCUCCUCCCCCUAAGGAGGCUGGACGGAUGCUGCUGGCUUAUAGGGGGGUUUUCAGUGUGCUUGCGCUGGCAGCUGCUGCUGGUCUCGCGCUUUUCUGA